UUUUAAUGUAAAUCGCAUAUUAUUUGUUUACCUGCGUUGAAAUCACUUGCAGUUGAGUUAAAACUAAGAACCAGUGGCUGAAGGCUACGCCUUAAUGACCAAAAUGAGCCCAGCUAAACAGGAACUGCUAAAGCCGGUGAAGACAACGAAUCCCAUUGUCUACUUCGACAUUAGCAUUGGCGAGGAAAGCGCGGGACGCAUGAUAAUUGAACUGCGCAAGGAUGUUGUGCCAAAGACAGCGGAAAAUUUUCGUGCCCUGUGCACAGGUGAACGUGGCAUAGGACAGCUGGGCGAGCGGCUACACUACAAGGGCACACGUUUUCAUACGAUCAAGCGAGUGUUUGCGGUUCAAGGUGGCGAUCUAGUGAACAAUGAUGGGACCAGCGGCGACAGUAUCUAUGGUCCUCUGUUUGAGGAUGAGAACUUUGAGCUGACGCAUAAUGAAGAGGGCGUGGUCAGCAUGGCCAACUAUGGCACGCCAAAUACAAACAACUCACAAUUCUUUAUCACAGCCGUUGGAUGUGAAAACCUCAAUGGGAUCAAUGUGGUCGUGGGCCGCGUGUUACGCGGUCUGGGCAUCAUUGCCGAUAUGGAACAGAACUGCAACGAUGAAGCGCAUCCAACAACAGAUAUAACAAUAACAGACUGUGGGGAAUUGGCUCCUGGCGAGGAUUGGGGCAUUGAGUGCAGUGAUGAGACAACAGACAAGCUGCCGCCUUAUCCCCAGGAUUGGACGGGUAAAUUCAAGAAGCCAACGUGCGAAGCAGCUGUUAGCCUACUUACGGGCAUGCGGCAGUCGGGUAAUCACUUCUUUCAGCUGGGUCGCUACUAUGAGGCACGAGCCAAAUAUCGUAAAGCGAAUCGUUAUUAUACGAUGCUUCGUCGCAAUUUUGACUGGCAGGAGCUGAAACGCAGUCAAGGCGACUCGGAACUAAGAAGAUUGGAUGCGUUCUCCGUGGUAAAUAACAUCAACAUGGCAGCUGUGGAGCUUAAAUUGGGAAACUAUCAGUAUGCUAAAUAUGAGUGCUCCGAGGCCAUACGCUUGGAUCCAAACUGCAGCAAAGCGUUCUAUAGACGAGGACAAGCGCAACGUGCCUUGCGUAACUACGAGGAAGCCAUAAAAGAUCUGAAACAUGCACAUACCUUGCUACCGGAAAAUAAACAAAUCCUGAAUGAAUUAAACAGCGCCAAGCAGCUCCUGGCCGAUUACAAUAAACAGCAACGAAAUGCGCUCAAAAAACUGUUCAACUAGUUAAGAAGUUUUAAAUAUAUGUGUGUUAUAAAACAUCACACCUGACUUUAUGCUAAGAUGACAAAUUUGCUCUAUUUAAUGAAGGAUGUCGCA